AUGAUCACCGACGACCAACUCUACUCCCUCGCCGUCUUCCUCGGCGCCGCAGCAAUGCUCCUGAUCGUGCUCUAUCACUUCCUCGAAGUCAAUGCCCAAGACGACACUGAGCUGUCGAGUGGACUGGCCAGCGACAAGAGCGGCGUCGGGGCAGUCAAGCCUGUUGAAUCACAGACUCAAACUCAAACGUUUCACUCGCAAGUCGUGGUGGAUGAGAAGAGAUGA